GCUCCCCAUGCACUAAAGGAAAGCGAUUUUCCAAGCCAGUCCGUGUGUCCAAACCUGCCGGCGCUGAACAGAAGGUCCGUAAAUGCCAGGGAUCUGAAGAGUGCGCAGGGCUCUGCUGCUGCUCCAAGGAUUCCUGACAAUGGGAGUUGUUCCAGUGUGGAUAAAGCGCUGGGACCGCUGGGGGCUUUGUGCUGAUUUCGGGAACAGGAAGGUCCUAAUCUGCAUUCCUGGUAGGGGAGCGUGUGUGGCAUCCCCAACAGCUGGAGCCAGAGGCAUUAUGCUGCUCGAGGUGUUCCUGCUCCUGGGGACACUCCUCAUCUACUACUUCUUUUCCAAGAAGAAUGAAGAGACACUGCCCUUCAAAGAUGGGUGGUGGGGCAGGGGACAAAAGCCUGAGACCAAAGAAGACUCCAGUGUUAGACCAUUUAAGGUGGAGACUGCAGAGGAAGAGCUGAGUGAUUUGUUUAGGAGACUGGACCAGGCUCGAUUCACUGAGCCACUGGAGAACAGCUGCUUUCAUUAUGGAACCAACUCAGUGCACCUCAGGAAGGUGGUGUCCUACUGGAAAAACCAGUUCAAUUGGAAGAAACAAGUUGAAGUCCUCAACAAGUACCCACAAUUCAAAACAAAGAUUCAAGGCAUUGAUAUCCAUUUUGUUCGUGUAAAGCCUCCUCGUUUGCCUGAAGGCCAGGCUGCAAAGCCACUAUUGAUGGUUCAUGGUUGGCCUGGCUCAUUCUACGAGUUUUACAAAAUCAUCCCCCUGCUGACGGAUCCUGCGAGCCACGGCCUCGGGGAUGAGCACAUCUUUGAAGUCAUUUGCCCAUCCAUCCCUGGUUAUGGUUUCUCAGAAGCACCCCACAAGCCAGACUUCAAUUCCGUGAGUGCUGCUUCUGUAUUUUAUGAAUUGAUGAUCAGACUGGGAUUCAAUGAGUUCUACACCCAGGGUGGUGAUGCUGGCUGUGUCAUCUGCACCAACCUGGCCCAGAUAGCUCCGAGCCAUGUGAAAGGUCUCCAUUUAAACAUGGUCCUGGUUUCGAAGCUGGGGCUCUCUCACCUGCUCUCCAUCCUGCUGGGCCGGUACUUCCCAGGGCUCUUUGGAUUCCAGGAUGAAGAUGUCAGGAGGAUGUUUCCCUUCUUGAAGAAAUGGCUCUACAAGAUCUUGUCUGAGUUUGGCUAUGCUCACAUACAGGCUACAAAACCAGAUACUGUUGGCUGUGGUUUGAAUGACUCCCCUGUGGGACUGGCUGCAUACAUCUUGGAGAAGUUUUCCUCGUGGACUGAUAUGGAAUUCCGGAAUCUAGAGGAUGGAGGACUAGAGAGGAAGUUCAGCCUGGAUGAUCUGCUCACCAAUAUCAUGAUCUACUGGGUGUCAGGCUGCAUUGUCUCCUCCAUGCGUUUCUACAAGGAAAACCUGCAGAAGGGGAUAGGCACGCAGAAACAUGAAAAACUCACAGUACAGGUACCCACUGGCAUUGCUGCCUUCCCUAAUGAAAUCCUGCACAUACCCCAGGUUUGGGCCAAGAAGAAAUACACCAACAUUGUCUCCUUCCACUUCAUGCCUCGGGGUGGCCACUUCGCAGCUUUGGAGGAACCUGAACUUCUUGCCAAAGAUAUUCUGCAGUUUGUUGACAAAGUAGAGAAAGAGCAACUCUGGAAAAAGAAAGGGGAAUAACUUCCCUAAGAAACAGGAGGGUAAUUACUUUUAGCUUAGCACAUGUUCAGGGCUUACUUAGUCUGCUGUAAUCCAUGUAAUUAGAUUUUAUUGUUGACCAGAUGUGAGCAAGGACAGAAAGAAAAAUACAGUGUAUACUGCCAUGGGGACCAACAGAUUUUGGGCUGUUUUUUUUUUGUUCAGCUAGGCUAAGAAAGUAGCAUGAAGAGUGCUUGAGUAUCUUCUGAAACAUAUUCUGUAGUAUUUUUGACUCUUGCUUUGAGAUUGAAAAAUAGACCUCACAACUACCAACGUACCUAGUAACAGUAAAAUUGUUAUGAAAGGGUUUUUUUUUUAAUGGCAGCAGUAAAAUUUGAGUUGCUGUGAGUAUGAAGUUCCUCACAUAAAGAACAGGGAGCAGUCUGGCAGGACCUAACUUGCAUGAGUGCAUCAAUCAAUCAAUCAAUCAGCAUUGAUGAGUUUACAGUAUCUUUAAACUGCCUUCUGUGGCUGCCUUUCUCUUCCAGCCUGGGCUGUGAAGGAGCUGGACUGCUCUGUGCCAGGCUCCUGGGAGAUGUGAGGAGCAGCUGAAAGACACAGGUGCCUGUAGCUCAACCCAGGAGGUGGGGCUGGGUAGGAGUAAUUGCAGCCCCAGCUACUUCUGCACUGAAUUUGUACUCUUAAAUCAUAGCCCUAGGUAGGCCCAACACACUGUGGCUUUGCACUGUUUUAGCAGGGUGUUGUAAAUACCUCUUGCUAAAGGAUAAAAAUAUUAUUAAUUCAAAAUUAAAAGAAAAGUGAAUUCAA